GAAACCUCUCGCAAUGCUCAGAGAUGAGGCUGCAUAAGAUAGAAAAGGCAGGAAAGUCCGAAUUCUGGUGAGAUUUUUGUGAAUAUUUCCAAACCAUUGCACAGAGUGAAUGCACCAUGAAACCGCAGCUGAUUGGGAGCAAAAAGCGCCCGUCUGUGACAACUGUAGCCGCAUGUGAGGUGGCUCUGUCCCUGCAAGAGGAGCUUGUUGCAGCGAUACAUGGAGCAUUUGAAGUGGCUGUGGAGAUCGCAGUUCGGGAGGUGACGGAGCUUGUAGGUCAGGCAACAGGCGACAUCUAUGAAGAGAUGCGACGAGAGAACGAGACCCUCAAACAAAGACUGCAGAGAGCUGAAGCCAUGCUGGAGGAAAGAGGUGACAGUACUGCUCCUGCAAAGCAGACACAUCAACCUCACAUCAGUCACAUGUCGCAAAAACCCAAAGUGCACAGUUGCACGGGGGGCAGAGGUGACACUCCUGCAGGUAACAGCCGUGCACAUCAGCCUCAUCCAGACCCCAAAGGUAACCAUGUGAGCAGAGAUGAAGAGCGGAGAUCAGACGGUGAUGUAAGGACACAGCUUAUUAGUGAUGCUGCUUCAGACCAGGAGAAAAACCGAAAUGAUGGAUGUGCUGCCGCUGCUUUGACUAAAGAUGUCACUGCAGAGAUUUCCCCUGUAUGUGUGGUGAAGAUAGAAAGCAUCAACCAACCAUGUCAAGACCCGGCAGCUCAACACCACCACUCACCACUACUUCCCAACAGCGACGACGAGUUCACAACAGAGCAGGUUACUGUGAAGCAGGAGAAGCCAGAAGAGGAGGGAGGAAGUGCUUCUGCUUGCUGUUUAGACUCAAUCAAAUUGGAGGAUUUCGGCCCAGAGUGCAUGUCUGUGGUCCAGUCCACAUUGCAGGAGGAGUGGAAACCAGAAGGGCAGAAUAUUCACUGCCAAGACGCAAACACACAGCUGUCCUGCACCAGGCUGGCACAGGCUCAUCCUCCAAACCUGACCACCGGCCUCAUACCAUCCAUAGAUCUUCCAUCCCUCUCCUCAGAGUUCCCAAACAUCCUCCAGCUGACAGAACAAGCUCCCAUCCAGGAAGCCUCCCCACAGGUUUUUGGAGUCCAUGUCCGCACCAGCCGCAGUCUCGGCCACACCAUCGCCAACAUCUAUACCUGCAAGUCCUGCGGUCAGACUUUCCACCUGCCCAGCUUGCUGCGGCGGCAUUACGGCCAGUGCCAGCAGAAGCGUCAGCAGCCGGUAGCGGGAAGCAAGAGGACCAGACUGCAACUUUACCCACCGGGCUGCAGCCCCUUCCGCUGCACGGAGUGCAACCGAGAGUUCAACCGCAUGGAGAACCUCAAGACCCACCUCCGCAUCCACACAGGAGAGAGACCGUACACUUGCUCAGUGUGCUCCAAGUGUUUCCGUCACUCCGGGGCUUUAACCAGGCACUUCCGUAUCCACACCGGAGAGAAGCCUUACAUCUGCGGACAGUGUGGAAAGUCCUUCAGAAACUGCGGGGGGCUCAAAUUCCACCAGCGUUCACAUAGCAAGUAGCUCCAGUUGAGUGGGACACAACAUUAAGGUUAAGGACCAAAAUUUUUCAAUACCAGAUGUAAACAGCUGAUUUUAUGCAAUGCUCAUUGUGUUUUAAUUUGAUCAUUUCUUAGUGUAAAGAAAUUUUUACAGGAUUUUACAGAUCUAAAGCUGUUGAAAGAAAUUAUUCAGACAGUUAAAGUCUGAGUUAUAGUUGCAGGCAUCUGAAUUACAGUGCAGGACAAACAACAGUCCUCCUAGUUGUGACUAGCACAGGCAGGUACUAUCAACAUUUCAGAGGUGGAGCCUAAUCACAGGCUAAUAUCAGAUUUUUGAGAAGGACCAUGAAUGGCCCACAUAUAUUAAUCUAACCUUAAAUGAUCUCUGGAUUUUACAUAAACCAGUAGAUCUUCUGUCCGUACCGUUUCACUCUUUUCUACCAGGUCUUCCUUUUGAGAUGGCAGGCACUGCUCUCACAGUUACAGGAGCUGUCUGUGGUUUCUGUCAAACUAUUAAUUAUUCUGUUAUUGAAACUAAUCUUUAUUCCAUUGUUAAUGCUCUGUAAGAGGUGUCAUCUCAUUAUUAGACGAGGCAAAAAUAGACAAAAGAUGGGUACUAUGGCUAUUUGAUGACCAUGUCAACCAUUUUGCUACAUACUGUAUACAAUGGCUCAGUAUUACUAAUUUAUAUUAAGUGUGUGGAACCUUUCAGUGUGAUUCUAAGUGCAAUUUUGUCUUGUUUUAUGAUGAGUCUGUUUACGUUUGUUAUUCAUGACAAUCUCUAAAAAUGUAGAAAGAUAUAUUUUGUUUAAAUCUUUGUUUUUUAAUUAUUUAUUUGUGCUUAAUUUAUCCUAAUAUGCAGUUUUGGUGCGACAUGUCAGAGAGUUAACGGAAAAUAUAGAGAAAUAUUGAAAUUGCUCAAAACCCCAGCAUUUCACAUGAUGUGUUUUUAAUAUUUGGUUUGGUCAAAGAUGCAAAUUAACUUCAACUCCAGCGCUGUAACUGAUACCAGAGGACGCUAGCAGGUCCAGAAGAAGAACAGCCAAGCCUCUGCAGAGUCCCAGUCCACCUCAACAAGUCUGUUGUUCCAUGUCGAAUGCAGUCUGAGGGACAUCAUCUUCUGAGACUGCUGAGGGGGAUGGCUCUGUUGGCUCUUUCUAUAUAGUUGAUCUCUAACAUUGUGCCAGAGGCACCUUGUGCUGGGUGCCAGUAGAGGGCGACAGGUCAUAUGAAGUGAAAAUGAAUUGAUCAUUAGACAAAUAACAUCAUAUCAAAACAUAUAGUAUAUAUCCAAAAAUGAUUAGGUACUUUUACUGUUUUGAUGUGUGUGUUAUCAUUCUUUAAUUUAAAUUGUGGCAAUGUGUUUUUUGAUGUCAGGAUUUUAUUGUUUAGUUUUAUGUUGAAUGUCUUGUGCUUCUUUAUGUUUCUUUGUCUAUUAACAUCUUGGGACCUUGUCGGAAAUAAGUGUUUUCACUUUAGCAUGUUAUCUCUUGGAUUUUGUUUAUGUGUUUGUAAUCCAUAAAUAAAUCAUACCAUAUAUCAUAUACAUGUAUUACUAAAUAUGCCCUUUAUAAGAAGUCAUAUUAAACACCAAGCACAAUCUUUACAUUAAAAAAAGAGAAAUGAA